AUGACCGAGUCAACACCCCGUAAGCGCUCCCGCGCGGCCUGUCUAUCAUGCCAAUCCCGCAAACGCAAAUGUUCCGGCGAACAGCCCUGCAGCACCUGCGCCCAGGCCGGCGUCGCCUGCGUGUUCAGCGACUUGCCGCGCAAGAAGCGCGCCCGAUCCGGGAGUAUGUACCGGGCCUCUAUGUCAGGAUUAGACGAGCGACAGCGUCUUCCUCCUUCGGAUGGAUGGGCUCAACCAGUCCCGCUGGCUAAGCCGGCCAGUAGCGCUGCGGGCAGCGCUGCUUCGCCGGGAUCGUACCCUCGUGUGAAAGAUGCGCGUCGCAUGAGCCAUUCGCUGGAGGCGAACUCUGGCGCUGCGUUUGUGCGCAAGCUUGGGCUUAGGAUUGAUCCUGCGCGUGCGCCGCGAUUGCAUCUUUUUGCAUGGAAUGUUGGUGAGAGGCGUCUGUCACCAGAGACCUCGGUGUAUCCUGUAACGCCCGGCCCUAUCACUAAGAUGAUAUCCGAGGACGAGAUGCGCCGGCUAGCAGGGAUUUACUUUGAAAAAGUUCAUCCAUGCUAUGCAUUCCUCGACAGGAAAACGGUUCUUACACAUAUUACACAACGCUGGUCAGCGUCUUCUAUAUCUGUCGCCGAACCAGCAGAGCGAACAUACGAUGUUGUACUUCUCGGCGUCGCAGCCUUUGGACAUUUAUUUUCGCGGCGCGAGAUGUCAUCCAUAGAACUAUGCAUCGUGGAUGCAGCGCGAGCGCUUCUAGAAAAGAGCAUUCUCGGCCCAGACACGCCCACUAUCGACACAGUGACAGGCUGGGUCCUCCGCGCGGCCUACCUACGGAUGACAGCCUCACCACACGCCGCAUGGAUGGCCAGCUGUACACUGAUGCACCUCGUCGAAGCCGCCGGCCUACACAUCGAAACUCCAGACCCCGAAGCAACGGGCCUCAUCCAAGCAGCAACCUCAGACUCCCAAGUCCCCAACGGAUCCAACACCACCACACAACCACCCAACGACACCAACCUCCGCCGCCGCCUCUUCGGCAUGGCCCGCCACCUCAACACCUGGAUCUCCUUCGAUCUAGGCCGCUCCCGCGUCGUCCUGCACGGCGCAACAUCCCACACCCCCCAACGCCAGCCACCCACACAGAUCUAUAUCAUCUCCUCCCUCUCUCCGAAAGCCUAG